AUGUUCGAUGUUGCUGCACCUACGCCCUUUUUCGCGUUUGCCGCCAACCGACCACGACGCCAACAGACGACGUACCACUUCAGGUGUUCCGAGAGGGACGGCGACGAACGCAUCGACGAGUUCGUUCAAAAGGCAUUCCGGUGGUACUGCGAGGAGAUGAAGUCCACGGAAGACCAAGGCCGAUACCUUUACACGCUUAUCGCGAACGAGGAGUUUGCGUCAUCGGCUGGGAAGGACAAAGGGGAAGGACCCGUCAGAAAGUACAAGCGCUACCGCCUGAGCGACGGCAAGGACUUUGACAGCCUUUUCUUCCCGGAGAAGGACGCGCUGUUGAGGAUCCUUCAGCACUUCGAGGAUAAGAGUGGUGAGUGGAAACGAAACGAGAUGUCCAAGGUUUAA